GGUAAGCAACGAACGCUUCCUGAUCCUCACCUCAAUAUUUACAAAAUACAAAUAUUAUAUUAAUAUCCCUGAUCGAAGGUCUUCUCCCGGAUUUUAUGGUUUCAUUAUUCCAUAUUAUCAGCGUGUGACAGCAUAGGUCCAUGGUGACAGGCACAAUCGUUCUACAGCAGUCUUCAAGCAGGGAAAAUCUAGUUCGCAGUUCAAUGGUUCUAACGACAUGAUUGGAUAAGAGUCUUAUUUCAAAACCAUCAGAAUCAACGGUUCGGGCCUGAAGUCGUGAUUACUUUGACUUUGUUUACUCCGUACACCCUUUUAUAUAAGCAAAAAGUAAAACAAUGGAUUGUCCUUCAAGAAGUCUAAUAAUAGGAUGCAUCUUCUUUAGCUUCGUGGCGUCUGUCUCUCCAUGUCCCCCUAGAUGUAGAUGUGAUCCCAACCAGGUCUCCUGUACCGGAAGUAAUCUCACAACCAUACCCAGUGGCCUCCCAAAUACAACACUGGUACUUCAUCUUGAACGGAAUGGCAUCGAAAUCAUUAGACAGAAUGCCUUCUCAAACCUACAAUACACUGAAGAACUCUCGAUAGCACAGAACAGACUUCACGAAAUUGAGAGUGGUGCUUUUACGGGUUUGUCAAACCUUGAUAAGCUCUUUUUGAACGAUAAUCUAAUAACAGGGUUUCCUUCAGGAAUCUUUGCGCCAUUGAUCAAGUUGACGGAGCUUAAUCUUGGUGGCAAUCGCUUUCCUGUAAUUCCUGGAAACCUAUUUGGAUCGAUCCCUUUGUUAGGACGCUUGUUUCUUGAGAACAGUGAGGUCGAUCUUAUCAUCGAGUCUCAAGCCUUUGGUGGACUUGUAAACCUCGCGGAACUGUCACUCCGGUCUAGUCGGAUCAAGAACCUUUCCCCUGGAACAUUUCAAGGGCUAAAUAAUCUGCUCAUUUUAGAUCUUAGUAUGAAUACAUUUGGUACUCCUACAAGAGAUGGCGCCAAAACUAUUUCUUCGCUAAAAGGAAAACAGCACCCCAACGCAGGCCUAAAUGCGCUUGGAGAGGGGAUUUUCGCGGAUCUUAAAAGUCUCAUCGACUUAAAUAUGAGUUCGUGUACUUUGACAACCAUCAAUAAAGAACUGUUCAGAGGUUUAACUUCACUUCAGCAUCUUUACCUUUCUGGGAAUAAAUUGGAUGGUAUUGUUGAGAACACCUUUUGCGAAUCGCCGAAGCUAGUGCUACUCGAACUAGAUGGAAACCCUCUUGAGAACAUUGAAGUCGGUUCGUUUAAUUGUCUGAACCAACUCGGAUAUUUGAAUCUGAACCAUACGAGUAUUGGACGAACUAAAGGAGCUUUGUUCAAAGAACUUCACCAACUGGUGGUGGUCUCCCUAAGCCAUAGCGGUCUUGAAAAAAUUGCUGAUGAUUCCUUUCAGAACAAAUCUAGAUUGACUCGGAUAGAUCUAAGUGACAAUGACAUUGAGUGGUUGAAUGCAAGCAUGUUCUAUGGAACGCCUCAGAUCGGGACACUUCGCUUACAGAAUAAUCAAAUCACAAAAUUGCCAGAGAACCUCUUUGCUGAUGUUGCCGGACCUCUGAACUUGUCGCUAAAAGGAAACCCCUUGGUUUGCGAUUGUCAACUGGAUUGGAUUUCAGGAUGGUUGUUGGAGAAUGGAGGAAAUCUUGACAAGUGUCUCUGUGAUCAACCCUCUGCUCUCCACGGUCUUCAUCUUGACAGUAUCCCCUACGACAGAUUCCACUGUAAACCAUACAUAAUGAUAGACAUUCCGCAGAUUUACAACGCAACACCAGGAGACAAGCGGUUCGAACUAGUCUGUCCUGUUGGUGGUAAACCGCCCCCUACGAUCACAUGGACGAUCCCAAGUGGCGAAAAGAUAUCCAAGAACACCGUCCAUGAGUACGAAAAUGGCUUAUAUCGCGUUCGUGGAAACGACACCCUCGUCAUCAGGGAAAUAACAUCAGCAGUCGAGGGGUGGUUUACAUGCGAGGCAACGAACAUUCUUGGACAUAUAUCUGUCGAUCUUGAGGUAAAGGUCGUCCACGUACCCAGUAAUUGGAUGGUAGCUUUCCUUGCGGUGAUGAUCGUGUUGUUUAUUGGAUGUGCUUUGUGUCUUGUUGUUACAUUCCUGAAACCAUGUCGACGUCGAAGGCGCAGAAGGGAACUCAUAAGGACACCAGCUCGAAGGGUUGACCCUCGGUACGGUCCACUCAGUCCCAUAGCUGAAGGAAAUGAAACCGAUGAAUUAUGAUGAAUUAUAUCGUCAACUGUGAUGAACUGAACUAUGACAGACCAUGACGCACUGUAAGAAUUGUUGAUCCGUGAUCGUACAUUAUGUAACGUGUGCAAAAUGAUGUUAAAGACUGAAGGGUAACGUAAGAAUGGAAAAUGAUAAAGACAUGAAAUGCGAUAUACCAGUAAUAUAAACAUUCAUGCUGGAAAAUGUAGGUUGCAACAUGAACGGGAUAUUGUUGUUACUUACAAAAUUUUGACUUUUUGCACUUAUUGUGCUUACGCAUAAUACAACAGGCCUAUGUAUAUUAUGCAUCCUUUUAGAACUAAACAAGUAGAGCGCAUCUGGCCAUUACGCGAUUCAAUAAAGCAGCAGUGCUGACUUUCAAAAUGAGUAUGAAAAAAAUAUUCACAACAAACACCAUCCACAUAAUGUGCUACUACGUUCAUUGACCCUAAAUGACAUUUGACCUUAAUCAAGUACCUACGACCUGUGCAAGAUGAACAAUGAUACUGGAUUACCCCUUUGUCAACAUUUCAUUAUUCAUCAUAUCUAUACAAUUUCAAGUUAUGAUGGCAAUUCAACAUUUACCUACAACGUCGCCAAAGCUUAUUGUCCUUAAAUGACUUUUGACCUUGGUCAUGUGACCUGAAACUCGCACAGGAUGUUCAGUGAUACUUGAUUGCUCUUAUGUACAAGUUUUAUGAACUAAAUUCCAUAAAUGUUGAAAGUAUUCAACAAAUACCCCC